AUGGUCAAGUUUUUGAAACCUAACAAGGCGGUGAUUCUCUUGCAAGGCCGUUAUGCUGGCAAGAAAGCCGUGAUUGUGAAAAACUUCGACGACGGCACCCGUGAGAAGCCUUACGGACACUGUCUCGUUGCCGGGAUCAAGAAGUACCCUAGCAAAGUGAUCAAGAAGGACUCAGCGAAGAAGACGGCGAAGAAGUCUAGGGUUAAGGCAUUCGUGAAGCUUGUGAAUUAUCAACAUCUGAUGCCUACUCGUUAUACUCUGGACGUGGAUCUGAAGGAUGCUGUUGUUCCUGAUGUUCUUCAAUCGAAGGAUAAGAAGGUGACUGCAUUGAAAGAGACUAAGAAGAGGCUUGAAGAGAGGUUCAAAACAGGGAAGAACAGGUGGUUUUUCACCAAGCUUAGGUUUUGA